CCGGGGCGGACGCACAUGGCUCCGGAGUAGGGCCGGCGAGGCGCGCGGUGCGGCCUGGGAGAGUCGGAAGCGUGGCGGCGGCUGGGGCUGAGGAGAGGGAGGCUGCGCCCGGGCCCAUGCAGCACGCGGAGAACGUGGCGGUGCCCGAGGCGGCCGCGGACGGGGCCGAGCCGGGGCACCCACAGCCCGCCGCCGAGCAGCCGCCCGCGGAGGAGCCGCCGCGGCCCGCGGGGUCCUCUGCCUCGCAGGCGGCGGCGCCCGGGGACGAGCAGGAGGAGGCGGCGGAGGCCGCGGCUGCCGAGCCCCGGCCCGAGUCUGCGGUGAAGGCGGAGUCGGCGGCCGAGGAGAAGGCGGCGGUCGAGGCUGUCGCGGCCCCCGACGCCUCCCCGGCUGCGUCUGAGUCGCCCUCGCCCCCGCCGGAGGAGGAGCUGCCCCGGUCGCAGCCCGAGCCCCCCGCCGCCGCGCGGGAGGAGGCCGCGGACCAGGCCCCCGAGAGCCAGCAGGAGGCGGGCGGGGACGAGGGCAGGGCAGCGGAGGCCGAGCCCCCGGCAGUGGAGAACGGCGACGCGGACGAGCCUUCCUUCAGCGACCCCGAGGACUUCGUGGACGACGUGAGCGAGGAAGAAUUACUGGGAGAUGUGCUCAAAGAUCGGCCACAGGAAGCAGAUGGAAUCGAUUCUGUGAUUGUGGUGGACAACGUCCCUCAGGUGGGGCCUGACCGUCUCGAGAAACUAAAAAAUGUAAUCCAUAAGUUUUUCUCCAAGUUUGGGAAGAUCACAAAUGAUUUUUAUCCAGAAGAGGAUGGAAAGACAAAAGGGUAUAUUUUCCUGGAAUAUGCGUCUCCUGCCCAUGCCAUGGAUGCUGUGAAAAAUGCUGAUGGCUACAAGCUUGACAAGCAGCACACGUUCAGAAUCAACCUCUUCACGGACUUUGACAAGUAUAUGACGAUCAGUGAUGAAUGGGAUAUUCCAGAGAAACAGCCUUUCAAAGACCUGGGGAAUCUACGUUACUGGCUUGAAGAGGCAGAAUGCAGAGAUCAGUACAGCGUGAUCUUUGAGAGUGGGGACCGCACUUCCAUAUUCUGGAACGACGUGAAAGAUCCUGUCUCGAUUGAAGAAAGGGCGCGAUGGACGGAGACCUACGUGCGCUGGUCUCCUAAGGGCACCUACCUGGCGACCUUUCACCAAAGAGGCAUCGCCCUUUGGGGGGGAGAGAAAUUCAAGCAAAUUCAGAGGUUCAGCCACCAAGGUGUUCAGCUCAUUGAUUUCUCACCUUGUGAAAGAUACCUGGUGACUUUUAGUCCCCUGAUGGACACGCAGGACGACCCCCAGGCCAUCAUCAUCUGGGAUACCCUCACUGGGCAUAAGAAGAGAGGCUUUCACUGCGAGAGCUCAGCCCACUGGCCUAUUUUUAAGUGGAGCCAUGAUGGCAAAUUCUUUGCCAGAAUGACACUUGAUACCCUCAGCAUCUACGAAACGCCUUCUAUGGGUCUUUUGGACAAGAAGAGUUUGAAAAUCUCUGGGAUAAAAGACUUUUCCUGGUCUCCUGGUGGUAACAUAAUAGCCUUUUGGGUGCCUGAAGACAAAGAUAUUCCAGCCAGGGUAACCCUGAUGCAGCUUCCUACCAGGCAGGAGAUCAGAGUUAGGAACCUGUUCAACGUUGUGGAUUGCAAACUACACUGGCAAAAAAAUGGAGAUUACCUGUGUGUUAAAGUAGAUAGGACCCCGAAAGGUACCCAGGGUGUUGUCACAAAUUUUGAAAUUUUCCGAAUGAGGGAAAAACAGGUGCCUGUCGAUGUGGUAGAAAUGAAAGAAACCAUCAUAGCCUUUGCCUGGGAACCAAAUGGAAGUAAGUUUGCUGUGCUGCACGGAGAGGCCCCUCGGAUAUCUGUUUCUUUUUACCACGUGAAAAGCAAUGGGAAGAUCGAGCUAAUCAAAAUGUUUGAUAAACAGCAGGCAAACACUAUCUUCUGGAGUCCCCAGGGACAGUUUGUGGUGCUGGCCGGUCUGCGGAGCAUGAACGGUGCCUUAGCCUUCGUGGACACUUCUGACUGUACAGUCAUGAACAUCGCAGAACACUACAUGGCCUCCGAUGUCGAGUGGGACCCCACUGGGCGCUAUGUGGUGACGUCCGUGUCCUGGUGGAGCCACAAGGUGGACAACGCCUACUGGCUGUGGACUUUCCAAGGCCGGCUGCUGCAGAAGAACAACAAGGACCGCUUCUGCCAGUUGCUGUGGAGACCGCGGCCCCCCACUCUGCUCAGCCAAGACCAGAUCAAGCAAAUUAAAAAAGAUCUGAAGAAAUACUCCAAAAUCUUUGAACAAAAGGAUCGUUUGAGCCAGUCCAAAGCCUCCAAGGAAUUGGUGGAGAGGCGGCGAACCAUGAUGGAAGAUUUCCGAAAAUACCGAAAGAUGGCUCAGGAACUCUACAUGGAACAAAAAAAUGAACGUCUAGAAUUGCGAGGAGGAGUGGACACUGACGAGUUGGACAGCAACGUGGAUGACUGGGAGGAAGAGACCAUUGAGUUCUUCGUCACUGAAGACAUCAUUCCCCUUGGGAAUCAGGAGUGAUCUGACCGCACUGGUGAGAUGUCUUCAGACACACCACCAUGUCCUGUGCUGGAAGCAAGUUCAUCCUUUUGCAGAAAGCCUCCACAGCUACUGAACUUCACCUGUGCUUUCUCGUGCUCUCUGGACUGUGAAUGCACCUGGGAUUCUUCCAUCUUGACACAUUUUUGUGCCUUUAAGCCCUGGUGUCCACAGUGGGGAGGUUUUAAGGCACUGCUUUCAAGUUUUUCUUGUUUGGGGUUUCUUUUUAAUCCAGUAGCACCAGUAUUUGCUGCUUAGACUCUUAUGCAGUGCUGCGGGCAGGCCACUUUCUCCUCCUGCUGUCGGUGACGUUUCCGAGGCGUGUCAUCCACUGACCAGUGUUUCUGUUCAAGGACUCCUGCCGCCCGAGCGCACGGACGCUGCUGGGUUGUCCUGGAGCAGACCAGCAGGCGCCCGUGCAGCCGUGGGGUCCUGGCGUGCUCAGCAGGCACCAGAGCACUGGGUAGCGCCACUCAGAUUGUGCAGGUUCUCUCAACAGGCUGAACACGGAAAUAAAGCAAACCUGUAAGAAAAAGCUGUCUUUCUCCUCUCUGUCCACAUAGGUAGUGGCCUUGGCCUUUAAGCCCGUGUCCCUCGCAGCAGUAAUAGCCUGCUUGCCAGGCCGGCCCUCUGCUGGGGGGUGGCUGUUUGCUAGGCUCACAUUCGGUUUCAAGGGGAGCCCCACUGUGGUGGUUUGGGGGAAAAUCCAGCAACUUGACCAUCCUGCUCUGCAUUUUCAGCUGAGCUCUGUGAAUAGUACAUUGGUACCAAUCACUCAAAAAAAAAAAAAAAGAAAAA